ACGAGGCGAGAAAAAUAACUAAAACGAUACAUAGGAAGGAAGAUGGAGGCGUAAAGACCCAAGAGGCGGUACAAAGGCUUGCGGCGGUGCAGUGCAUAAAGAACAGCAACACUCCCACCUCUGCGACUGUGGUGAAUAGGCAGGACAGAGUUCAAUGCAAUGGAGCCUGCUAGAGACCAAUGUGCCUUCUACUUUACUAAGGAUGAUAUGGAAAAUCUUCAGAUUAAAGUCACACUGCAGCAGCUCACUGGGUCGCAGCUGGUGGCUGUGUCCCCUCGAAUUGUGGAGGACACCCAGACAGGAAAGCAGAGUGACGUGCCUCUCGCCUUGCUGCCCACAUCCAGUGCCACUACGAGAGGAACUAAUGCUACCCCACACACACAACAUAUCACUGUCAAGUGGCAACAGAAAUUGAUCAGCGUGUGUGAAGCAGUUGAAUACAGGAGAUCAGUCUAUGCCAAUGACCCAAAGUGUAAGGCAAGACACAAGCAGGCCUUGAAGCGGAAAAAGCAGCAACGUAUCUUCACGUAUGUGCACGAGGAUAAUUACCAAAUACAAGAGCAGCGUGCCACCACCACCUCAAAAAGACUUGAACCAGAGUGUUGCCUGCGGCGAAGAGCUAACAGGGCAAGAGGAAAUGACAGCAUUGAUUCAACUGAACCAAGUGAGAAGAGCAAUGAGAUGGCCCAAGAAAAGAGCAAAAGGAGGCAAGCCAGCACCUUCAAGCAGCAGUACUUCUACAUCAUGGCAGACCUUGCUCCUCAGGAAAGCUUAGGUGAAAGCCGGGUUUAUGAGACCAUCCUGUGUGUGCUGAAGUAUGAUGGGCAGAGCCAGCUGACCGUCACCCCAGACUUCAACACACCCACCACCAAGGCUUACAGACUGGAAAGUUUUGGGUCUGACAACGCCCUGUAUGAGUACCAAAUUGAGAAUGUUUCCCUCACCUGCCCAGCUGAGGAAAGGAACCAAGAAGAGCAGCUGGCAAACCAGCUGGCAAGACAGAGGAUUGAGGAAAUACAGCUAAUGGCUGGUCUAGAGUGGGGGACUGAGCAGGAACCUGAGCGGGGAGAGCUGCGCCUGGUGACUGUGGGGGAGAUUACACGUGCCAUGCACUUCCCUGAGGCAUCCUCCCUCUAUGUGCACUAUGCUCUCUACCUUCCUCCAGGGUGGAGGGCCAACCCAGGAACAGAGUGUGAGGGUUUUACACCAACCUGUUGGGUCAGUCACAGCGACAAGGAGCCAGCAGCCCACUUUUCCUCCCCCUUUUCCCUUGACGUCACCCGCUCCCCAUCAGGACAGGGUUGGCCAAUGCUGCUGCUUGCAGCCUUUUCCCUUGACUGGUUUGGUUGUGACCGAGAUGAGGGAUACGCUGCCUUUACUCUGCCAACACCAGUGGUGCGUGACAAGUGCCAAGAGAAUGAUGGAGUGUAUCAGGUGGGCACCUGGAGGCCAGCACAAGUGUCCUCACUCGCCAAGAUGCGCAGAUUCUUCCUGGGAGGAUGUCAGCUGAUGAGUGACCCUUCAUACCUUGCUGUUGGGACUCCAGCAGCCACUCAGGUGGGCAGAGUGAGUCGCCUGGGUUUCAGCACAUGCACGAGUGGAACAAUAGAGGUGAGGGCAACCACUGUGGCACAAGCAGAUUUUAUUGAGAAAGGUGAGUGUUCAAUACUUUGUGACAUCUUUUUCUUUACAUGAUUUUGCUGCUUGAAUUA